AUAAACAAAGUGUUUUGUUUUCUGGUGCCCUCUACAGGCGCUGUUUCACUCCAUGAUAAGCAAAAAUCGCGCGCUCUUUCAUUGUCAAUGUAAUUGUUGUUGUGAACAUUCCAUAAGUUCUUCGCUUUUCUUCUAUAAAGAGAAAGUUUAAAGUGGUCUACGUUGCUUCUCGCACGUGCGUUCAUCAUGGAGUAUGCAUAUAUGGACGAAACCCUCGCCAACAUCCACCUCAACAAACAGCAGCAAAACCGGAGGGAACGCAAUGGUGGCAACCUCCCCAAAGUGAGCAGCACGACCACAGUGUUCCAACUCAAGCAAGAAAACGUCAAAAGAACCGGAAGUUUCGUUGUCGGCCAAAAACUUCGCGAGUCGAAGUGGUUCACACACGCGGAAAUGAGCGUUUUUUGUGCUGUGGUCGAAUCAGGAUUCAUCGUCGAACAGAAAGAAAACGACGUUUCGAAAUACGGGGUGGCGAUUUGGGCGCCCAACUACGAAAAAAGCAAAAAUCCGGAAUAUUUGACAAUCUACACAAUCACCGAAAACAAAGGUAAAUUCAAAGUCCUGCCCUGCAAAUUGGUCGAAUUCUGGCCCGAAGGGACCUGUGUCAAAAUUAACAAUAAAUGUGACAAGACCGAGACGCCAUUACCGGAAGACACCGUCCGGAAUCAGAUUCUAGCGGCCGAAAAUUCAAAACGGAAGUGGCACAAUACCGAACAUUUCGCCUAUUAUUGCCGGUACGGCCCUGUCGCGACCAACGUCAGAAUGAGAAAGAUUACGGAUCAACUGCGAUUAAAUACCGGCGGUUUCUUCCUAAAAAUUCGAAGUCUGACAGCUAAAUAAAACACAAAAAAAAUUUAAUUGUAAAAAUUAGUAUUAUCUUAAAUUUAAGACUGUUAUUUAUUUCUUUUAUAUUGACGUGUAACGACUUAUUUUUUAUAAAAGUUGUAGUUAGAUUUAAAUAAAAAAUUGACCAUUG